GACCAUGAAACGACCCAGUCAGAACAGGGCCUGGCCUACAGCUCAGGCUUAGGGGAUGCACGUUGGUCGGCUCUAUGUCAUAGCAGUCCUGUUGUAUGACGACGGGUCACCUCACUGACGAGGGAUCGUGACGAAAACCCAGAGUUGCUUCAUUGCCCAUUCACAAUGCAUCGUCGGUUUCCGAUCUUGCCCCGGGAGAUGGAGCUGCCGUCCAGACACGGCCUAUGGUCCGUCAUUGUGAUCCUGUUCCCUACUUCAGUAUCAAUCAUUGCAACUGGUAGCGGUUUGAGUUACUGCCGGUACUAUGCGUGCGGUGAACUGGAAGUCCAGCCAAGGGCUUUUUCCAGGGCCAAAGUUUGUUCCGUGCAAGCACUAAGCCGAUUUGGUGGUUCUCACGUCUAAGUUGUUCGGUUGUAACUCUUUGAGGCUCAACACUAGCUUAUGGAUGCAUCUUUAUUCAUUUAC